AUGGACAUGGUCCCGCCUAUGAUCCAAUUCGUUGAUCUUGCUCGCUCUAAGGGAGUCCAGCGAUUUGUGCUCGUCAGUGCCAGUAAUAUUGAGAAAGGCGAUCAUUCGAUGGGCCAGGUCCACGCCUAUCUAGACUCUCUACCAGGAGUUGAGUAUGUGGCACUGAGACCCACGUGGUUCAUGGAGAAUCUAUUGGAAGACCCCCAACGGACAUGGAUCAAGAACGAGAGUCAAGUAGUAUCAGCGACGGGAGAGGGCAAGAUCCCAUUCAUCUCAGCCGAUGACAUUGCCUCCGUUGCUUUCCAUUGCUUGACAGAAUGGGGCUCACACAAGACAGAAUACAUCAUUCAAGGCCCAGAGCUCCUCUCAUAUGGGCAGGUUGCGGAGAUUCUCACCUCGGUCCUCGGCAAGAAAAUCACCCAUUACAGUUUGUCGGAAGCAGAAUAUACCAAGGUUCUGGUUGACGAAAUUGGAAUGCCUGCAGACUUUGCAGCUAUGUCUUCUGCGAUGGAAGUUGAUGUCAAAAAUAGCCCCCAGGAAACUCUCAACGGUUCUGUUGAAGAGGUGACGGGGAAUCCGCCAAGGUUUUUCAAGGCCUUUGCAGAGCACGAGAAGCAACAAUGGGCAUAG